ACAACAAAACAAUAAAAAAAAAAUGACUUCUAUUAUACAACCGGACGGUUUCAUACCGCAAGCUCAGGGCAUUGACGCAGCCGUACCAAUAUGGUUUAAGAUAGACUGGAGCCCUGAGAUAGAGCAGGGCAUCUACAAGGACUGGGGAACAUAUUACUGCCGCCGGCGCCGGGAGAAUCUUGGCAUGCACUACUUUGACAAAGCCCUCAAGCUCGGCCCUGCAGAUUUUACUACUCUUUAUCGCCGAAGUCAGAGCAAACGGAAGAUUGCCCUGGCGGAAAGUGCCCUUCAGGACAGUUUGGAAGCAAAACGACUUUUGAAAAAUUUGCAACGUAACGAUGCGCCGAUUAAUUUGGAGGUCUGCGAUGGACUCUAUGAUAUGAAUCGGUUCGAAAACGCAAAAGCUGAGCUUCACGACAAUGCCCGUCUGUUUACUGGCAAUAAAUCGAAAAUGUUUGAGCAGCGUCUAGAAGUGGUGGACGGAAAUAUUGAAGAUGCCUGCGGUCCAUCGAUGACUCAGUUUAUAUCUGAAAAUGAAAAACUUAUAAUACACUUAACUGAGCUAAUAAAGAAGCAUAAGGAAGAUGACAGACCGCUCUGGAAAAUAUUAAAGGAACAAGAGAAAUGCGAUGUGCUCAGCAUUCCGGAAAUCGAAGAUGAAAUGCUUUCUCCCCUUGAAAUUGCGAGGCGAAGUCGAGCUUUCAAUGUGUGCAACCAAAUGUUCAUAGACAGGUCAUGGCUUGAUGUAAUAUUUUUGAAACAUGUUCGAAAGAAUCCGAAUCUGCUCUUAGAUCAGUGUAAAAAAAGCACAGAGUAUUUACAGCCCCUUACUCUAAAGAAAUAUGACGAGAUCAAAAACUUUUUGAAAAUGCUGGAGGCUCGCAGUCCAAUGUACAAUAUCCGUUACCAGAAGUUCACAAACAAGAAAUUAAUGGAAAAGUUUCGUCAAGAAUAUCUAUAUCGAGUUCAGUACCAAACGAGUCGAAAUAUGAGAACUGCCUUGCAAAGUAUUCGAUAUCUUCGAAAAACUAAAAAUCUAACGAAACUAACCAGUUACGUGGAGGAGGUAAUGGGAGACUAUGUGGUAAAAAAAACGAAUAGGAUUAUGCCCUGGAAAUUUGAAUUUCUGAACGAAGUUUAUAACACAUUAGCGUUGGCUUACGUAGAUCAGUAUACAGUUCCAAAAUACUUUCGAUAUUCGGAAAAGAACGCAUUGCUCCGCCUACUUCGCUUUCCGAUGGAUAAGUCUAUGGAGGUUAAACCUUUUGUAUUUGGGGAUCGGUCUACUCAUCAAGGCUCAUCCGUGGAUCCAGCCAUGUCGAAAUCCCGUCAAAUAGUAAACCGAUACGAGCACCGGAUGGUUUUUGCCAAGUAUCCGAUCGAGAAAUCCUACUUGCUUCAUCAAAUUGCAAGCACACAUCUUCAAUCACAUAGAUUUGACGAAUGCUGCUUUAGUGCCCGAAAGGCUAUUGAAGAGGCUCACAACUGCAAUAGCUUUAUUUGGCAGUUUCUCAGCUACCUACUAAUAAUUAAGGCAAAUGCUGCCCUCCACAAAGUCGAAGGAACCAGCGAAGCCCUAGCUAAGGCAGUUAAUAUUGCCAAAGAACUGAAAGAAAAGGAUAUCAACCACUUUUUAAAUGCAUGUAUAAACUGCAACGAGGAGGAAUUCAUUGUCAAGAAGCAGAGUGUUUUUACGAAUAGCCGGCGUGAUAGUGAAAAAUCAGUACGCAGUACCCUGUCCUUACGCCGAAGUGAAUACUAACGUUUUGUAUUAUUUUUAUAAAAUCUAAAAAUAAUUAAUAAUAAAUUCUCAGUGUAUUUGGUAA